CUUUAUUUUUUUAUUUUCCUGACCGUGCCGCGUGGUCCUAUAACGCGUGCUCAGGUGUUUGACCUUCCUAAGUCGGGACAAAACCUCGUUCUCGUUUCUUUGAUACCCCUUCCUUCACGUCCUUGCGUUCUGCUUCCAGUUGUAUUUGCUUGACCUCCGACCAAGCCCAGUUCGCAGAUACUGCCGUCUAUUCGCACAUACUACCAGUUUAACCAUGGCCUACCACGGCUCUGGUCCCCAGUCGCCUGGCGAGCAUACUUAUGAUGACGGCCAUCAGCUCCGCGACCUCUCACACUCUAAUACCUCUUACGAAGAAGAAGCCUCUCAUGGAUUGUUAUCCAGCCAACAAAGCCCUUUCGCUGGCCCCUUCGAUGACCCCCAUCAGCAGCGUGGCCUUACCGCUUCACCCGUACAGCGUCCGACGUCUGGAUACAGUUUGACUGAGUCUUACGCUCCCGACGCCGCAUACCAUGAUCCGUACAGCGCCAACCAAUCGGUCUACUCCGGCCACUCAGAGAACCCUGCAGCCGCUUUUGGCGUUCCUGGACGUGUAGCAUCGCCUUACGCUCGUAGUGAAACUUCGUCUACAGAAGCGUGGCGGCAGCGACAGGCCGGCGCUGCCGGCGGUGGAAACGGGCUUCGUCGUUAUGCCACAAGGAAGGUUAAGCUGGUUCAGGGCUCUGUCCUGAGUGUGGACUACCCAGUUCCUAGCGCCAUUCAAAAUGCAAUUCAAGCCAAGUAUCGGAAUGACCUUGAGGGCGGAAGUGAGGAAUUUACGCAUAUGCGAUAUACGGCGGCGACUUGUGAUCCCAACGAGUUUACGCUCCACAACGGUUACAACUUGCGUCCAGCAAUGUAUAACAGACAUACUGAGUUAUUGAUCGCCAUCACGUAUUACAACGAAGAUAAAACGCUUACCGCUCGUACCCUGCACGGUGUUAUGCAAAACAUUCGCGAUAUUGUCAACCUGAAGAAGUCGGAAUUUUGGAACAAGGGUGGCCCUGCCUGGCAGAAGAUCGUCGUCUGUCUAGUCUUUGACGGCAUCGACCCUUGCGACAAGGACACAUUGGAUGUUCUCGCCACCGUUGGUAUCUAUCAAGACGGUGUCAUGAAGCGUGACGUUGAUGGAAAGGAAACCGUGGCUCAUAUCUUCGAGUAUACCACCCAACUUUCUGUCACUCCAAACCAGCAACUCAUUCGGCCGACGGAUGACGGACCUAGCACCCUUCCUCCCGUGCAGAUGAUGUUCUGUUUAAAGCAGAAAAAUAGUAAGAAGAUCAAUUCCCAUCGAUGGCUGUUCAACGCUUUCGGUCGUAUCCUUAAUCCCGAGGUCUGCAUUCUCCUCGAUGCUGGUACCAAGCCUGGGCCUAAGUCUCUGCUUUACCUGUGGGAGGCUUUCUACAACGACAAGGAUCUCGGAGGUGCUUGUGGUGAAAUCCACGCCAUGUUGGGCAAGGGCUGGAAGAAAUUGCUCAAUCCCUUGGUUGCCGCGCAGAACUUCGAGUACAAGAUUAGUAACAUUCUUGACAAGCCUUUGGAGAGUUCCUUUGGAUAUGUCAGUGUGUUGCCUGGUGCCUUCUCGGCUUACCGAUUCCGUGCCAUCAUGGGCCGUCCUUUGGAGCAAUAUUUCCAUGGUGAUCACACUCUUUCAAAGCAGCUGGGCAAGAAAGGUAUCGAGGGCAUGAACAUUUUCAAGAAGAACAUGUUCUUGGCCGAAGAUCGUAUCCUUUGUUUCGAGCUUGUCGCCAAAGCGGGUUCUAAAUGGCAUCUUUCGUACGUCAAGGCCUCGAAGGGUGAAACUGAUGUGCCGGAAGGUGCUCCUGAAUUCAUCUCCCAACGUCGUCGUUGGCUGAACGGUUCGUUUGCCGCCGGUAUCUAUUCGCUCAUGCACUUCGGUCGUAUGUAUAAGAGCGGACACAACAUCGUCCGCAUGUUCUUCCUCCAUCUCCAAAUGUUGUACAACUGGUUCUCGACUUUCCUAACUUGGUUUUCUCUUGCGUCUUACUGGCUUACGACUUCGGUCAUCAUGGAUCUGGUAGGAACUCCCAGUUCCAGCAACGGUUACACUGCUUUCCCAUUCGGUAAAACGGCGACUCCAAUCAUCAAUACCUUGGUGAAAUACAUCUACCUUGCGUUCCUGCUCUUGCAGUUUAUCCUUGCGCUCGGAAACCGUCCCAAGGGAUCCAAGUUGUCAUACCUCGCAUCUUUCGUCGCCUUUGGUAUUAUCCAGCUUUAUGUAGUCGUCGAUGCUCUGUAUCUCGUCGUCCGCGCUUUCACUGGAGGGGCUCCCAUGGAUUUCAAUACUGAUGAUGGUAUCGGUGCGUUCCUGAGCUCAUUCUUCGGAUCUAGUGGAGCUGGUAUCAUUAUCAUUGCUCUUGCUGCAACAUUCGGUCUUUACUUUGUUGCGUCAUUCAUGUAUCUUGAUCCUUGGCACAUGUUCACGUCUUUCCCCGCAUACAUGGCCGUCCAGUCGUCUUACAUCAACAUCUUGAACGUUUACGCCUUCAGCAACUGGCAUGAUGUGUCAUGGGGUACCAAAGGUUCUGACAAGGCGGAUGCCCUUCCUUCUGCCAAGACUACAGGAGGCAAAGGAGAAGAAGCUGUUAUCGAGGAAAUUGAUAAGCCGCAGGCUGAUAUCGAUAGUCAAUUUGAGGCAACGGUCAAGCGAGCCCUGACUCCGUAUGUGCCACCCGAGGAGAAGGAAGAGAAGAGUCUGGACGACUCGUACAAGAGUUUCCGUACGAGACUGGUUACGCUCUGGCUCUUCAGUAACGGUCUUCUCGCUGUCUGCAUUACUAGUGAGGGUUUGGAUAAGUUCGGAUUUACGAACACCUCUACUGAGCGUACUUCACGUUUCUUCCAAGCCCUUUUGUGGUCUAAUGCGGUUGUCGCUCUUAUUCGCUUUAUCGGAGCCACAUGGUUCCUUGGAAAGACAGGUCUUCUCUGCUGCUUCGCCCGUCGGUAAGAGCAUGCUUUGCCUAAUGGAAAGUCAAGCACGGGAGGCCUUGCAAUUGUAUGUAUUGCAUGGGUCCGAGGAGUUAUUCUUGGCACAUUUUGUUUUGAUAUUGUACUCUACAUAUGAUGCUCAAACUCUGUUUCUUCGUUAGCCAGUACGCCCGCUCAAAUCCUUAGGAUAGGGGCACAAUUCUCGCUAUUAUGUAGACUUUUGUAGUUAGAUUCAAUGGGACCUGAAGCGUGAUCGCAC